AUGGAGUGGUUGUUCGGUAAGAAGAAGACACCGGAGGAACUGUUACGACAAAACCAAAGGGCUUUGAAUAAAGCGGUCCGCGAUUUGGACAGAGAGAGGACUAAAAUGGAGGCACAGGAGAAGAAGUUGAUCGCAGACAUCAAAAAGAUGGCGAAAGACAAUCAGAUGGACGCCGUGAAGAUCAUGGCCAAGGAUUUGGUGCGAACCCGACGUUACGUCAAGAAGUUUAUACUAAUGAAGGCCAACAUUCAGGCGAUUGCACUCAAAGUGCAGACAUUGCGGUCGCAGAACGCGAUGGCGAUGGCUAUGAAAGGCGUGACCCGAGCCCUCGCAUCGAUGAACAAACAGAUGAAUUUACCACAGAUUCAGAGAAUUAUGGCUGACUUCGAGAGACAGUCGGAGAUAAUGGAUAUGAAGGAAGAGAUGAUGAACGACGCCAUCGAUGAUGUGAUGGGCGAUGAAGAGGACGAGGAGGAGAGCGACGCAGUGGUGGCCCAAGUGUUGGAUGAGUUGGGCGUUCAGCUUAACCAACAACUCAAUGAUUUGCCACAAGCUAUAGGCUCUCUCAACCCGUCGGCCGCUAACGCCAAGACACCGGUGGCGGUGACCGACGCGGACGCCGACCUUCAGGCCAGACUCGACAACUUGAGACGCGAAUAG